AUAAGUACCUUUACGCCAUGCGACUCUCUGACGAAACGCUGAUAGAUGUUAUGGCUCGCUUCAGGAGGGAGAUGAAGAAUGGCCUCUCCCGGGACUUUAACCCAACAGCUGCAGUAAAGAUGCUUCCUACAUUUGUGAGGUCCAUUCCUGAUGGUUCAGAGAAAGGAGAUUUCAUUGCACUGGAUCUUGGUGGUUCUUAUUUCCGAAUUCUGCGGGUGAAGGUAUCGCAUGAAAAAAAGCAGACGGUGCAGAUGGAAACUGAAAUUUAUAACACCCCUGAGGAUAUCAUGCAUGGCAGCGGAACACGGCUUUUUGAUCACGUUGCUGAAUGCCUGGGAGACUUUAUGGAGAAACAACAAAUCAAAGACAAGAAACUGCCAGUUGGGUUUACAUUUUCAUUUCCCUGCCGACAGACCAAGCUAGAUGAGGGUAUUCUGAUAACCUGGACAAAGCGCUUCAAGGCGAGCGGAGUGGAGGGAGCAGAUGUCGUGAGGCUGCUUAACAGGGCCAUCAAGAAACGUGGGGACUACGAUGCAGAUAUCAUGGCUGUUGUGAACGACACUGUUGGGACUAUGAUGACCUGUGGUUUUGAUGACCAGCGUUGUGAAGUUGGCUUGAUCAUUGGCACUGGCACCAAUGCCUGUUACAUGGAGGAGAUGCGGCACAUUGACCUUGUGGAAGGGGACGAGGGCAGGAUGUGCAUUAACACGGAGUGGGGAGCCUUCGGGGAUGACGGCUCGCUGGAAGACAUCAGGACUGAGUUCGAUCGAGAGAUUGACCGUGGAUCCCUUAAUCCUGGGAAGCAACUGUUUGAGAAGAUGGUCAGCGGGUUGUACAUGGGGGAGCUGGUAAGGCUCAUCCUGGUGAAGAUGGCCAAGGAAGGGCUGCUCUUUGAGGGGAGAAUCACCCCUGAGCUUCUCACCAAAGGGAAGUUUGAGACAAAGCACGUUUCUGCCAUAGAAAAGAGCAAAGAAGGUCUGAACAAAGCCAAAGAAAUUCUGACCCGCCUGGGGGUGGAACCGUCCCAUGAGGACUGCAUCGCUGUCCAGCACGUUUGCACCAUUGUGUCCUUCCGCUCGGCUAACCUGGUAGCCUCUACCCUGGGUGCCAUCCUCAACCAGCUGCGGGAUAACAAGGGGGUCGGCCGCCUCCGCACCACCGUGGGGGUCGAUGGCUCCCUCUACAAGAUGCAUCCGCAGUACGCGCGGCGCCUGCACAAAACCACGCGGCGCUUGGUGCCCGACUCGGAGGUGAGGUUCCUGCUGUCGGAGAGCGGCAGCGGGAAGGGCGCGGCGAUGGUGAAGGCCGUAGCGUACCGGGUGGCGGAGAAGCUUUUUGAGCAGCACCGGCUCAUCGACGAGACCCUGGCCGAGUUCAAGCUCACCCACGAGCAGCUGCUGCAGGUGAAGAAGAGGAUGAGGGCGGAGAUGGAAGCAGGGCUGAAGAAGAAGACUCACGAGACCGCCAAAGUGAAAAUGCUGCCCACCUUUGUCCGCAGCACGCCGGAUGGGACAGAGAAUGGAGACUUUUUGGCACUUGACCUUGGAGGGACAAACUUUAGAGUUUUGCUGGUGAAAAUCCGCAGUGGUAAAAGGAGAACAGUUGAGAUGCACAACAAGAUCUAUGCCAUUCCCAUAGAGGUGAUGCAGGGAACGGGAGAAGAGCUGUUUGAUCACAUUGUUACCUGCAUUUCUGACUUCCUGGAUUAUAUGGGCAUAAAAGGUGCACGUCUUCCUCUUGGCUUCACCUUUUCCUUCCCUUGCAAGCAGACCAGUCUGGAUGCUGGUAUCCUUCUCAAUUGGACAAAAGGCUUCAAAGCUACAGACUGCGAGGGAGAAGACGUCGUAUAUUUACUCAGAGAAGGAAUUAAAAGAAGAGAGGAAUUUGACUUGGAUGUGGUGGCUGUGGUGAAUGACACAGUAGGCACAAUGAUGACUUGUGCUUAUGAAGACCCCAACUGUGAAAUUGGGCUCAUUGUGGGAACAGGCAGCAAUGCCUGCUACAUGGAAGAGAUGAGAAACAUAGAGAUGGUGGAUGGUGAGCAAGGACGGAUGUGUGUGAACACAGAGUGGGGAGCUUUUGGGGAUAAUGGAUGCCUGGAUGACAUCAGGACAAUCUAUGACAAAGCAGUUGAUGACUAUUCACUAAACGCUGGAAAGCAAAGGUAUGAGAAAAUGAUCAGCGGGAUGUACCUGGGGGAAAUAGUCCGCAAUAUUUUGAUCGACUUCACCAAACGGGGGUUCCUGUUCCGAGGCCAGAUUUCAGAGACACUGAAAACCAGACACAUCUUCGAGACCAAGUUCCUUUCUCAGAUCGAGAGUGACAGGUUAGCCUUGCUGCAGGUGCGAGCCAUCCUCCAGCAGCUGGGGCUCAACAGCACCUGUGAUGACAGUAUCAUCGUCAAGACCGUCUGCGGAGCCGUGUCAAGGCGAGCAGCUCAGUUGUGUGGUGCUGGAAUGGCUGCCAUUGUAGAUAAAAUCAGGGAGAACAGAGGACUGGAGCGCCUGGAGAUAACGGUUGGUGUGGAUGGGACUCUGUACAAACUACAUCCACACUUUUCUAGGAUCAUGCACCAAACAGUCAAAGAUCUGGCACCCAACUGCGAUGUGACCUUCCUGCUGUCGGAGGAUGGCAGCGGGAAGGGGGCAGCGCUCAUCACAGCGGUGGGAUGCAGGCUUCGUGAGGCUGAGCAGAACUGAACUCCAGCACUCCUGGCCCCGGUUCUGUCUUGUGAGCACUUUCUCAUAAAGCAGCGACUGCAUAGUCUGAACUGG